UGGAACGCCUCUGUGUGAGAUCCAGAACAACUCACCAAACAUUUUUGUGAUAUGUUACGGAUAUGUUUCUUUAAAAUUAAAAAAAAAAUGUAUAACAAUAAUUUCCCGACGCUUCAAGAGACUGAGUUGUCUUUCCAUGGACUAGGAGAGUAAAUCAGAGAGAGAGAGUGUUGUGAAUGCUGCUAAGUCGAAUUGCUUUCAACUUAUUUAUUGAAUUGCAGAAAUUCAUAUGGCGAGAUAGCAGGCUUGGUACAUUAUGUUAUAUCGUUCGUUUGGACCAUGGAGUAGUCCAACACGGACCGUUAUAAUGUGAGUCCUGAAUCUCUGGAUGUUAGAGCAAGCUAGCCAAGUUGGCUACAUUCUUGUCGCCCUGUGGAGCUGGCUAGAAAAUUGUGAUUGUGUGCUGCUGGAGCGUUAGGCUGCAAACCAAGAAAGUGUACGUGAAAAUAUCUGCUUUUACAUACAGGCAGAUGAAACAAAGAAAAAUGUUAGGUCCGGGUGCAUCUUCAAUCCCUAACUUACCAGGAAGGUAGUCUACUCUUAAGUGCUGGAAGAUAGCCACUGUGAGUCAUAACUAUUGACAAGGGGAGAAGUAAAUGAUCAUUAUAAAUCGCCCACAUGCGCUGGAUCAAUCGUCGGCUUGGGGAAAGGAAUCAGAAGGUGGUGGACGUGUUGAGCGCUAAACCCUUCCUGGCUGGAGGAAGAUGGCGCAGCCGUUCAAUUGGAAGUAGUGGCGAGAGGAGUGAAACUUCAUCGGGGCUCGUUGGAUUUACUAGACAUCUCGACACUGAUCGAAGGACACAUGCAGGCCAAAAAACGGUACUUAAUUCUGUUCUCCGCCGGUGCGUGUCUCAUUCUGUUGUUGUACUUUGGAGGGAUGCAAACCCCGCUAUCCAGAAGCAACAACCGGCGUGAUGACCGCAGCCUCGAUGGACACCACGGGAGUCCCCGGUGGCCCCACUUCUCGGGGUCCCUGCAGCCGUUCAGCCCCUGGGACCAAAUGGAGACCGAGGAGUACAACGUUCACAUAUCGCCACGACAGAAGAGGGAUGUCAUUUCGGGAGUUUAUAACGGGAAACGUUGCCGGAUGGACUCCUGCUUUGAUUUUUCCUUGUGCAAAACCAACGGAUUUAAAGUUUACGUUUACCCGCAACAGAAAGGAGAGAAGAUGUCCGAGAGUUAUCAGAAUAUUUUAUCUUCCAUUGAAGCUUCCAGGUUCUAUACGUCUGACCCGGGACAGGCUUGUCUGCUUGUCCUGAGUUUGGACACUCUAGACAGGGACAUUCUGUCUCCGCAGUAUGUUCACAACCUUAGAACUAAAGUCCAGAACUUGCAUCUGUGGAAUAACGGAAAGAAUCACCUCAUCUUCAACCUCUAUUCGGGAACUUGGCCCGACUACACGGAAGAUCUGGGCUUCGACUUUGGACAGGCCAUGCUAGCCAAGGCAAGCAGCGGCACAGAGAACUUCAGACCCUAUUUCGAUGUCUCCAUCCCUCUUUUUGGGAAAGACCACCCCAGCGCCGGAGGGGAGAGGGGCUAUUUAAAAUACAACUCUAUCCCGCCGUACAGGAAAUACAUGCUUGUGUUCAAAGGGAAACGAUACCUCACUGGAAUCGGAUCAGACACGAGGAAUGCAUUAUAUCACGUCCAUAACUCUGAGGACGUGGUGCUGCUCACCACAUGUAAACACGGGAAAGACUGGCAGAAGCACAAGGAUCCCCGCUGUGACCUCGACAACGCCGAAUAUGACAAACAUGAUUACAGAGAGAUGCUUCACAACUCUACCUUCUGUCUGGUUCCCAGAGGACGACGCCUGGGGUCCUUCCGCUUCCUGGAAGCACUGCAGGCUGCCUGUGUACCUGUGAUACUCAGUAACGGCUGGGAGAUGCCCUUCUCGGAGGUCAUCCACUGGAACACAGCAGCUGUGAUCGGGGACGAACGACUGCUACUUCAGAUUCCGUCUACGGUGCGUUCCAUUCACCAGGACAACAUCUUGUCUCUCAGACAGCAGACCCAGUUCCUGUGGGAGGCCUACUUCUCUUCUGUAGAGAGGAUAGUACUCACAACACUAGAGAUCAUCCAUGACCGGGUGCUCCAGCAUGCAGCCCGUAGUAACCUGAUGUGGAACAGUCUUCCCGGGGGUCUCUACUCCCUGCCUCAGUACUCCUCAUACCUGGGAGACUUCCCUUUCCACUAUGCUAAGCUAGGUAUCAAGCCUCGUCCCAAGUUCACGGCAAUCAUCCAUGCUGUGACUCCCCUGGUCUCCCAGUCUCAGCCCCUCCUCAAGCUACUGGUGGCUGUCGCCAAGUCCCAGCACUGUGUCCAGGUGAUAGUCCUAUGGAACUGUGACAAGCCCCUCCCGGCCAAAUACCGCUGGCCUGCCACCGCCGUACCUGUCCUGGUCAUAGAGGAGGAGAGCAAGGUGAUGAGCAGUCGUUUCCUGCCCUAUGACACAAUACCAACAGACGCCGUUCUGAGUCUGGACGAGGAUACAGUUCUCUCUACUACUGAGGUGGACUUUGCUUUCACGGUGUGGCAGAGUUUCCCAGAGAGGAUUGUGGGAUACCCGGCCAGGAGUCAUUUCUGGGACAGCAACAAGGAGAGGUGGGGUUACACCUCCAAGUGGACCAACGACUACUCUAUGGUCCUGACAGGAGCUGCUAUAUACCACAGAUAUUACCACUACCUGUACACCAGUUACCUGCCGGCUAGUCUGAGGGGCCUGGUGGACCAGCUGUCGAACUGUGAAGACAUCCUGAUGAACUUCCUGGUGUCUGCCGUCACCAAGCUGCCGCCCAUCAAGGUCACCCAGAAGAAACAGUACAAGGAGACCAUGAUGGUGCAGACCUCUCGAGCGUCUCGGUGGGCCGACCCAGACCACUUUGCCCAGCGACAGAGCUGCAUGAAUACGUUUGCCAGCUGGUUUGGCAGCAUGCCCCUGGUGCACUCUAAUAUGCGUCUGGACCCGGUGUUGUUUAAAGACCAGGUGUCCAUACUGAGAAAGAAAUACAAGGACAUAGAGAGACUAUAACCAGCCUGAUCCUCUCUGUCUCCAUGGUGGAGUGGAGAGGGACAGAGAGAGACUAUAACCAGCCUGAUCCUCUCUGUCUCCAUGGUGGAGUGGAGAGGGACAGAGAGAGACUAUAACCAGCCUGAUCCUCUCUGUCUCCAUGGUGGAGUGGAGAGAGACAUAGAGAGACUAUAACCAGCCUGAUCCUCUCUGUCUUCAUGGUGGAGUGGAGAGGGACAGAGAGAGACUAUAACCAGCCUGAUUCUCUCUGUCUUCAUGGUGGAGUGGAGAGAGACAGAGAGAGACUAUAACCAGCCUGAUUCUCUCUGUCUCCAUGGUGGAGUGGAGAGAGACAGAGAGAGACUAUAACCAGCCUGAUUCUCUCUGUCUCCAUGGUGGAGUGGAGAGGGACAGAGAGAGACUAUAACCAGCCUGAUUCUCUCUGUCUCCAUGGUGGAGUGGAGAGAGACAGAGAGAGACUAUAACCAGCCUGAUCCUCUCUGUCUCCAUGGUGGAGUGGAGAGAGACAGAGAGAGACUAUAACCAGCCUGAUUCUCUCUGUCUUCAUGGUGGAGUGGAGAGGGACAGAGAGAGACUAUAACCAGCCUGAUCCUCUCUGUCUUCAUGGUGGAGUGGAGAGGGACAGAGAGAGACUAUAACCAGCCUGAUUCUCUCUGUCUUCAUGGUGGAGUGGAGAGAGACAGAGAGAGACUAUAACCAGCCUGAUUCUCUCUGUCUCCAUGGUGGAGUGGAGAGAGACAGAGAGAGACUAUAACCAGCCUGAUUCUCUCUGUCUCCAUGGUGGAGUGGAGAGGGACAGAGAGAGACUAUAACCAGCCUGAUUCUCUCUGUCUCCAUGGUGGAGUGGAGAGAGACAGAGAGAGACUAUAACCAGCCUGAUCCUCUCUGUCUCCAUGGUGGAGUGGAGAGAGACAGAGAGAGACUAUAACCAGCCUGAUUCUCUCUGUCUUCAUGGUGGAGUGGAGAGGGACAGAGAGAGACUAUAACCAGCCUGAUUCUCUCUGUCUUCAUGGUGGAGUGGAGAGGGACAGAGAGAGGCUAUAACCAGCGUAAUUCUCUCUGUCUUCAUGGUGGAGUGGAGAGGGACAGAGAGAGACUAUAACCAGCCUGAUUCUCUCUGUCUCCAUGGUGGAGUGGAGAGAGACAGAGAGAGACUAUAACCAGCCUGAUUCUCUCUGUCUUCAUGGUGGAGUGGAGAGAGACAGAGAGAGACUAUAACCAGCCGGAUCCUCUCUGUCUUCAUGGUGGAGUGGAGAGAGACAGAGAGAGACUAUAACCAGCCUGAUCCCCUGCUGCCCCCUAGAAGGACAGGAGAGUAGAGGGACAGAGAGGGACCACAACAAGCCCUGAGACCCCUGCUGCCCCCUAGAAGGACAGGAGAGUAGAGGGACAGAGAGGGACCACAACAAGCCCUGAGACCCCUGCUGCCUCCUGGAAGGACAGGAGAGUAGAGGGACAGAGAGGGACCACAACAAGCCCUGAGACCCCUGCUGCCCCCUAGAAGGACAGGAGAGUAGAGGGACAGAGAGGGACCACAACAAGCCCUGAGACCCCUGCUGCCUCCUGGAAGGACAGGAGAGUAGAGGGACAGAGAGGGACCACAACAAGCCCUGAGACCCCUGCUGCCCCCUAGAAGGACAGGAGAGUAGAGGGACAGAGAGGGACCACAACAAGCCCUGAGACCCCUGCUGCCCCCUAGAAGGACAGGAGAGUAGUGGGACAGAGAGGGACCACAACAAGCCCUGAGACCCCUGCUGCCUCCUGGAAGGACAGGAGAGUUUUGGGACAGAGAGGGACCACAACAAGCCCUGAGACCCCUGCUGCCCCCUAGAAGGACAGGAGAGUAGAGGGACAGAGAGGGACCACAACAAGCCCUGAGACCCCUGCUGCCUCCUGGAAGGACAGGAGAGUAGUGGGACAGAGAGGGACCACAACAAGCCCUGAGACCCCUGCUGCCCCCUAGAAGGACAGGAGAGUAGAGGGACAGAGAGGGACCACAACAAGCCCUGAGACACCUGCUGCCUCCUGGAAGGACAGGAGAGUAGAGGGACAGAGAGGGACCACAACAAGCCCUGAGACCCCUGCUGCCCCCUAGAAGGACAGGAGAGUAGAGGGACAGAGAGAAGGACCACAACAAGCCCUGAGACCCCUGCUGCCUCCUGGAAGGACAGGAGAGUAGUGGGACAGAGAGGGACCACAACAAGCCCUGAGACCCCUGCUGCCUCCUGGAAGGACAGGAGAGUAGUGGGACAGAGAGGGACCACAACAAGCCCUGAGACCCCUGCUGCCUCCUGGAAGGACAGGAGAGUAGUGGGAUGGGAGACACACAGAGACCCUCCCAGAGAGAAGUGAGGAACAGGGGAAGAAACGAGAGGAGAGGACAGGGCGCCAUGGAGCCAGGACGCCACGGUUGACCCUCCCAGAGAGAAGGGAGGAACAGGGGAAGAAACGAGAGGAGAGGACAGGGCGCCGUGGAGCCAGGACGCCACGGUUGACCCUCCCAGAGAGAAGGGAGGAACAGGGGAAGAAACGAGAGGAGAGGACAGGGCGCUGUGGAGCCAGGACGCCACGGUUGCGUCUUCCACCCACGCUCUCCAUCUUUGUACGCUGUUGCUGGUGCCAACAGUGGUAACCGUGACAACCCAGGCUGUAUUUAGGAAGGAGCUGUACACAGACUGAAAACUAGUUCAUGCACAAAUGACAACAUGGACGUCUGGGAAGGGUGUGUGUGUGGGGUGGAGGGGGGGGGGGACUUUGUUCUAGAACUUUCUACAUGACUAUGGACAGAGGAGGUCCAUGACUGAUGCUGUCUCCUCUGAGUCAACACGACGGCCGUUAUAGUCCCUGACUGCAGUCCUAACUACGGUCUAUUGGUAGACUGUCUCUACAGACUGUGUUCAGUCUACCAGUGUGUUCAGUCUACCAGUGGUAAAUCUCUCCCAACCUACUGAAAACACCCAAAGAUGAAACCAAGGGAGGAGUACUUGUUUAGUUAGAGAAGUUUGUUCUGUUUGGUUCUAAACACUAUGCACAGGUUCAACACAAUUGCUGCCAGAAUCUGAAAAUACUAUUUUGCUCUGUUGUAGUUAGCUUUUAUAGUGAAGAAUGAAUGUCCAGCAUUACUGUCUCUACUGUGUCCAGCCUUGGGUGGGAGGGGGUCUGUGUUUUCCUGCUGUAACAGGCUAGAGAUACAGAGCUCAACCACAGAACUGACCUUUGACCUUUCACUGUACCUGUAGUGAGGACUAAUGUUGUGGUUGUGCUCUGGGAGUCCUGAGUGUGACUGGGUGUGAAUCGAGGCUCACCUUGGUCACGCCACUUCACCUUUGACCUUUCACUGUACCUGUAGUGAGGACUAAUGUUGUGGUUGUGCUCUGGGAGUCCUGAGUGUGACUGGGUGUGAAUCGAGGCUCACCUUGGUCACGCCACUUCACCUUUGACCUUUCACUGUACCUGUAGUGAGGACUAAUGUUGUGGUUGUGCUCUGGGAGUCCUGAGUGUGACUGGGUGUGAAUCGAGGCUCACCUUGGUCACGCCACUUCACCUUUGACCUUUCACUGUACCUGUAGUGAGGACUAAUGUUGUGGUUGUGCUCUGGGAGUCCUGAGUGUGACUGGGUGUGAAUCGAGGCUCACCUUGGUCACGCCACUUCACCUUUGACCUUUCACUGUACCUGUAGUGAGGACUAAUGUUGUGGUUGUGCUCUGGGAGUCCUGAGUGUGACUGGGUGUGAAUCGAGGCUCACCUUGGUCACGCCACUUCACCUUUGACCUUUCACUGUACCUGUAGUGAGGACUAAUGUUGUGGUUGUGCUCUGGGAGUCCUGAGUGUGACUGGGUGUGAAUCGAGGCUCACCUUGGUCACGCCACUUCACCUUUGACCUUUCACUGUACCUGUAGUGAGGACUAAUGUUGUGGUUGUGCUCUGGGAGUCCUGAGUGUGACUGGGUGUGAAUCGAGGCUCACCUUGGUCACGCCACUUCACCUUUGACCUUUCACUGUACCUGUAGUGAGGACUAAUGUUGUGGUUGUGCUCUGGGAGUCCUGAGUGUGACUGGGUGUGAAUCGAUGCUCACCUUGGUCACGCCACUUCACCUUCGAUGAUUUGGAGAUUUUUAAACUUGAUUUGCCAUUUUCUUUUAAAGUGGGGGGGUUAUAUUUUUCAAUAUUCAAGAGAAGUUCUGAAGUACAAUGAAUCUCCUUUAUCUUCUGACCCAGAGUCAGAUGAGGCCCUUUAUCUACUGACCCAGAGUCAGAUGAGGCCCUUUAUCUACUGACCCAGAGUCAGAUGAGGCCCUUUAUCUACUGACCCAGAGUCAGAUGAGGCCCUUUAUCUACUGACCCAGAGUCAGAUGAGGCCCUUUAUCUACUGACCCAGAGUCAGAUGAGGCCCUUUAUCUACUGACCCAGAGUCAGAUGAGGCCCUUUAUCUACUGACCCAGAGUCAGAUGAGGCCAUUUAUCUACUGACCCAGAGUCAGAAGAGGCCCUUUAUCUACUGACCCAGAGUCAGAUGAGGCCCUUUAUCUACUGACCCAGAGUCAGAUGAGGCCCUUUAUCUACUGACCCAGAGUCAGAUGAGGCCCUUUAUCUACUGACCCAGAGUCAGAUGAGGUCCUUUAUCUACUGACCCAGAGUCAGAUGAGGCCCUUUAUCUACUGACCCAGAGUCAGAUGAGGUCCUUUAUCUACUGACCCAGAGUCAGAUGAGGUCCUUUAUCUACUGACCCAGAGUCAGAUGAGGCCCUUUAUCUACUGACCCAGAGUCAGAUGAACUCGUAGAUUCCAUCUUUAUGUCUCUGUGUCCAGUAUGAAGGAAGUUGAGAGGUAGUUCCGUGAGCCAAUGCUAAUUAGCAUUAGCACAAUGAAUGGAAGUCUAUGGGUAUCUGCUAGCAUGCUAGCAGGGACAUGGCUAGUCUUUAUUUGAUCUGAGGGAGCGGUGUACAUCUAUAUAGAUUCAUUAUUAACAUGACGUUUAUAUUAUUGUGCCAACAGUUCAAUGUUUUAAUGUUCAAUGAUUUCACAUCCCUAGAAUGUUCCCUUGUUUUGAUAAGAGAAAAGUCCCCCCUUCCAUUUUUAGGUGAGGGCUGUGUGACUGUAGGUGAGGGCUGAGUGACUGUAGGUGAGGGCUGUGUGGCUGUAGGUGAGGGCUGUGUGACUGUAGGUGAGGGCUGUGUGGCUGUAGGUGAGGGCUGUGUGGCUGUAGGUGAGGGCUGUGUGACUGUAGUUGAGGGCUGUGUGACUGUAGGUGAGGGCUGAGUGACUGUAGGUGAGGGCUGUGUGACUGUAGUUGAGGGCUGUGUGACUGUAGGUGAGGGCUGUGUGACUGUAGGUGAGGGCUGUGUGACUGUAGGUGAGGCCUGUGUGACUGUAGGUGAGGGCUGUGUGACUGUAUGGUGUGUGACUAGGUGAGGGCUGUGUGACUGUGUUGUGUGACUGUGUGUAGUGUGACUGUGUGAGGUGUGACUGUGUGAGGUGUGACUGUGGUGUGACUGUGAGGUGUGACUGUAGUGUGACUGUAGUGUGACUGUGUUGAGGUGUGACUGUGGUGUGACUGUGUGAGGUGUGACUGUGUGAAGUGUGACUGUGUAGUGUGACUGUGUGUAGUGUGACUGUAGGUGAGGGCUGUGUGACUGUAUGGUGUGUGACUAGGUAAGGGCUGUGUGACUGUAGGUGAGGGCUGUGUGACUGUAGUUGAGGGCUGUGUAACUAUAGUUGAGGGCUGUGAGACUGUAGGUGAGGGAUGUGUGACUGUGUGGUGUGACUGUGUGUUGUGUGAAUGUGUGUAGUGUGACUGUGUGAGGUGUGACUGUGUGUAGUGUGAUUGUGUAGUGUGGCUGUAGUGUGACUGUGUUGAGGUGUGACUGUAGUGUGACUGUGUGAGGUGUGACUGUAGUGUGACUGUGAGGUGUGGCUGUAGUGUGACUGUGUUGAGGUGUGACUGUAGUGUGACUGUGUGUGGUGUGACUGUGUAGUGUGACUGUGUGUGGUGUGACUAUAGUGUGACUGUGUGAGAUGUGACUGUGUAGUGUCACUGUAGUGUGACUGUGUGUGGUGUGACUGUGUGACUGUGUGAGAGGUGACUAGUGUGACUGUGAGGUGUGACUGUGUAGUGUGACUGUGUUGAGGUGUGACUGUAGUGUGACUGUGUGUGGUGUGACUGUGUGUCACUGUAGUGUGACUAUGUGUAGUGUGACUGUGUAGUGUGACUGUGUGCGGUGUGACUGUGUGCGGUGUGACUGUGUAGUGUGACUAUACAGUCCAGGAUGUAGCCCCUAGCUCUGGUCCAGGGCAUUAGUGCUGCUCUCUAACACUGAGCCUCCUGAACAGGCUGCACUAACACCCUGGACCAGAGCUAGUGGGCCUCGUGACAGACAACACAUGAGAUAUCUCAGCAUUAAUAGAAUCACAUGGUGUGUGUGUGUGUGUGUGUGUGUGUGUGUGUGUGUGUGUGUGUGUGUGUGUGUGUGUGUGUGUGUGUGUGUGUGUGUGUGUGUGUGUGUGAGAACCCUAUGGGUUAAUUCUCAUGGUGCAAUAUGUGUUUGAGCUGAAAUCUAAUCUCUCUCUGAUCCUGUUCUCAUUCUGGGUUGUGUCCCAAAUGUCACCCUGUUCCCUAUGGGCCCUGGUCAAAUGGUCCCCUAUUCCCUAUGGGCCCUGGUCAAAUGGCACCCUAUUCCCUAUGGGCCCUGUUCAAAUGGCACCCUAUUCCCUAUGGGCCCUGGUCAAAUCGUACCCUAUUCCCUAUGGGCCCUGGUUAAAUGGUACCCUAUUCCCUAUGGGCCCUGGUCAAAUCGUACCCUAUUCCCUAUGGGCCCUGUUCAAAUGGUACCCUAUUCCCUAUGGGCCCUGUUCAAAUGGCACCCUAUUCCCUAUGGGCCCUGUUCAAAUGGCACCCUAUUCCCUAUGGGCCCUGGUCAAAUCGUACCCUAUUCCCUAUGGGCCCUGGUUAAAUGGUACCCUAUUCCCUAUGGGCCCUGGUCAAAUCGUACCCUAUUCCCUAUGGGCCCUGUUCAAAUGGUACCCUAUUCCCUAUGGGCCCUGGUUAAAUGGCACCCUAUUCCCUAUGGGCCCUGGUCAAAUGGUACCCUAUUCCCUAUGGGCCCUGGUCAAAUGGGCCCUAUUCCCUAUGGGUCCUGUUCAAAUGGUACCCUGUUCCCUAUGGGCCCUGUUCAAAUGGUACCCUAUUCUCUAUGGGCCCUGGUCAAAUAGUACCCUAUUCCCUAUGUGCCCUGGUCAAAUGGCACCCUAUUCCCUAUGGGCCCUGUUCAAAUAGUUCCCUAUUCCCUAUAGGCCCUAUUCCCUAUUCCCUAUAGGCCCUAUUCCCUAUGGGCCUGGCACCCUAUUCCCUAUGGGCCUGGCACCCUAUUCCCUAUGGGCCCUGGUCAAAUGGUACCCUAUUCCCUAUGGGCCCUGGUCAAAUGGCCCCCUAUUCCCUAUGGGCAUGGCACCCUAUUCCCUAUGGCCCUGGUCAAAUGGUCCCCUAUUCCCUAUGGGCCUGGCACCCUAUUCCCUAUGGCCCUGGUCAAAUGGUCCCCUAUUCCCUAUGGGCCUGGCACCCUAUUCCCUAUGGGCCCUGUUCAAAGGAAGUGCACUAUAAAGGGAACCGGGUGACAUUUGGGAUGCAAGCCUCUGAUUCCCCUGUUGCUGUUCUAGGAUGAAAUGAAUGUGCCUUUUACAGAGAGCCACUUCAGAAUGAUUGUAUUGUCGCCUUUAACAGAGGAAGACCUUUCUGUGUCCACGGCAACACUGACUGGUACAGUAGCUGGUGUUUAGGUGACCGUUUUGUCUAAACACUGGACGUGUCUCCAUCUGAUCUGUAACAGACAGAUUCCUGCCUGUGUUUCGUAGGAACAUUCCGGAGCCUCUGUCGGUUCUGUCACAGUCUGGUCCCAGAUCUGUCUGUAGUGUCUUGCCAACUCCUGUUAUGAUCAUUGUAGCGCAGCACAAACUGAUCUGGGACCAGGCUAAUUCAGACACUGAUGGGUACUUUUCUUCCUGCCUGUUCUCUUCCUCCACCCUGGUCAUCUACAGACAUCAUUUAAUAGAGAUUACGAUUCCAAUAGAAACAUCAACAUUUUGUAAAAUGAUUUUAUAAAAUAAAUAAACAAAUAUUUGAUA